AUGAUCGAUAAGGCCUUGUAUACGGCCGAUUAUACAGGCUUGGACAUCGAUACCGCUCUUGAGGCCUUGGAAUCUAACGGUCAGAGCCCGCCUACAAUCUCCUUCAUUGCCGACUAUCUCUCACGGGCACCCGGCAGCACAAUCCUAAUAGACAACACCGCCGCCAACGUUAUCGCCGAAGCCUACCCUUUAUUUUUGAGUCAAGGAAUAAACAUCGCAACCCCCAACAAGAAACCAUUUUCGGGAAGCUACCAGCUGUGGCAAAACAUCCAAGAUGCAGCCAAAUCGGGGAAAUCUCAUGUAUUCCAUGAAUCCUCUGUCGGGGCUGGGAUGCCCAUCAUCUCGACCCUCAAUGACUUCGUUCAAACAGGGGAUCAGGUUACCCGGAUUGAGGGAGUCUUUAGUGGAACAAUGUCCUAUCUAUUCAAUUCAUUUUCUCCUCUUCAGGGGAAGAGCGCUCAAUGGUCUGCAGAGGUGAAGAAGGCGAAGGAACUAGGCUUCACUGAACCAGACCCUCGAGAUGAUCUGAACGGACUUGAUGUUGCGCGCAAAUUGGUCAUUCUUGCCCGAAUCGUUGGCAUCCCUGUUGAAUCUACCUCCUCUUUCCCGGUGGAAAGCUUGAUUCCGCAGGAACUGGCAAACGUCAAGGCUGCUGAUGAGUUCCUCGAUCAAUUGCCCCAGUUCGAUCAUCGAAUGGAGGCCAUCAAAGCUGUCGCGGAGAAGAAUAAUCGGGUUGUGCGCUUUUCUGGCAGCAUCGAUGUUUCUACCAAAAAACUGAAAGUUGGAAUGGAGAUGUUUGAUCGAUCUCACCCAAUCGCGCUCCUUAAGGGUAGCGAUAAUAUUAUCAGCUUCCAUACGAAGCGAUAUGGAACAAAGCCCAUUAUUAUUCAAGGCGCUGGUGCUGGCGGGGAGGUAACCGCUAUGGGAAUUACAGGCGAUGUGCUGAAGAUCUUGGCUCGGAUUUGUUAA